CCAAACGAUCGUCGCCCAGUUGUCAUUCGACAGCGCUACGAGAAAGACGCGGCCUCACGACUGCGUGUUCUCAAAACUUUACGCGACUAACAACUGCAGUGUAUUCGGAAUUCGAACUGAGAGUGUUUAGUUGCAAGUGAUAGUGGUUUAGUGAUGACUAUAGAAUGGAACAGCCUACUCUCGUGUCUCCUGGACAAACGUUGAUGUCAGAGGGAAUGGAAGCGAGGGACCGGCUCGUUAAGGAGAUAGUACUCCUAGCGCUUUUCUUGGUGUCCACGGCGGCAAACUCGUUGGCGCUGUUAGUUUUCUGUCGACGACCUGGACUUAGGACAAUAUCUAAUCGGUUCGUCAUCAACCUCUUAGCGACGAAUUUGCUGACAACAUCCCUGCUAGCGCCCGCACUGUUUGGCGAGCACACCGCAAGGGAGAACGCAGCUUCGUGGAUGGAGGCAAGCGAUGCCGCAGCAUCCGCUUGCAGUCUAGCCGCUCUACUCGCUGUCAUGUUGAUCGCGUUGGACCAGCACCACGCUGUUACCGAUCCUCUUCGUUGUCACACACGCCUGCUACAGCGGCGCCCGGCAGCUCUCUGCGCUGCUACGUGGCUGGCUGCAGCCAGCGCCGCCAGUAUUCGCGCAGCGAUCGCUGCUGUACGCCACUUUUAUCCGCUAGAGCCUGUACUACAAGGAGUCGAGCUGGCAUACUACGUCGUGUACUUAAUUCUGGGAGUUAUCGCGCCUGCAGCUAUUGUUUGCGUCAUGUAUGCAAGAAUUUACAGCGCAGCACGUUCUUCUGGACUACGAGCAAGAGCGCACGGAGCGAGCGCGCUACAACUCCACGAGCCACCAGCAAAUUUGCCUGACUUGAUUGAAGAAGGCGAGGGACUUACGCUCAGAAUAGAUGUUCCUGACGGAUCUGAUAAUGCGAAUCCUACAGAUAGUGAUCGCAAGUUUGGCCCAUUCUUACUUCCACCUGAGCGUCCGCUGCGAUGCCCAUCUGUCGCCAGUCUACGUAAUUCGCGAAAAGAUGGGAAGUCGAAUGAGGAUUUGAGAAAAGGCUUACCUGCUGUCAGCUCAGCACCAUCUUUAGCUGCACCGUUGCUAGCUGUACAGCCUCGUACGCCACAACCAUCCACCAAUGGAUCGAGAAUAACAUCGAUCCGAUGUCGGAUCUCAAAUGCGUCGUUGUUCCGAUACAGAGAGGAAUCUCGCGCAGCCCGUGUUGGAAUAUUGACUGGUGCGUUAGUGAUGCUGCAUGUGCCGCAUGCAGUGAGUGCGGUUAUAUCGGCUGCAGUGCCGGGACUUGCUAAUAGUGCGCGUACACCCGCUCUCGCGUUACUACUCCUGUCGGCGGCAGCGUCCCCGUUCCUGUUUGCUCUGCGCUCACGACGAGUGCAGCGGGAGGCUCGUCGGCUCUUGCUUCCUGAGAAAAGUCCUUGGGAACGGGGGUCGGGAGCCGCGUCUGCGGCGGCGGUAGACGGGCAACGCGCCCGUGCCGCUCUAGAACUAUUGCGUACUUUAUCGCCGGGCAGUGGUGGGGGCGAAGCGCCAGCGCCGGGAAACGGCCAGGAGGCGGCCACCUGCCGAGGGUCGUUCAGCUCGGGUGGUAGCACGCAGCUGUCGUCAGCGUCGGACGAGUGACCGCCGCCCCCUCCCCGCGUGCUCAGCCACGCGCCCCGGGUGCACUUUGCCCCACGCCCCACCGCUGUACUCAUCUGUGAUACUAGGUUAAGCCGUACCGCGCUCAGCGCGACUGUUAGACUGAUUUAGUAUUAAGUUAAUUUAUUAUUGUGUCCAUGUACCUUUCCGCUGAGCGGACGAAUUUUUAUUACCUGAAUAUGAGUGUAUAAGAAUAUUAAAAAUCUUAUCCAGUUA